AACAGCCUCAUGGAGCAACUUGGGAGAUUCAUUCGACUGGAUGCUAAAGGAUUAUUGGAAAAGAUACGAUUAUAUUUAAUAAAGAAACUGCUGCCACGUUUGGAAGACAGAAAGAAGUACCAUCAGGAGUUUGCCUCAUCCACUUCAUUUCAUGGAGUGCAUAACAUUGUCCAAACGCAGAGCAAGACACGCAAAGUGCUGUGGCUGUUAGUAGUCAUGGGCUCCCUUGCCAUUGUCAUUUGGCAAAUCUGCAAUCGCUUCAUCUACUACUUCAGCUGGCCAACCACAACAUCAGUUUAUGUUCAGUAUGUGGAAAAUGUCGAGUUUCCUGCUGUGACUUUUUGCAACUUGAACAGGUUUCAAGCUCAUGCUGUCAUCAACCUCAGAAUCAUUUUUUUUCUUUGGAGCAUCGUGUCUGGAGUUCUACAAGAAAUUGCUAUGAAAGAUAAUUUUUCUCAAGAGCUAAAUGAUUUCCUUCUUGGAAACCAGAACUUCAGCAUUAAAGAGUUCACAAGGGAAAAUGGGUUUUAUCUCAACAGUAGCACACUGCUAGAAUGUGAAUUUUUUGGAAAGCCAUGUUACCCAGAGGAUUUUGAGCAUGUUUUCACUGAAUAUGGAAACUGCUUUACUUUUAAUCACAAUGAUCUUCCAGAAAAGAGAAGAGUGAGUGUGUCUGGACGAGGCUUAAGUUUACUUUUUGAUGUCAAACAGGCACAAUUUACUGAUGACCCUUCCCUUGGCUAUAUUGAUGCUGGUAUAACUUAUGUUAUCCAUUCACCCAAAGAACUUCCACACUUUGAUGGUUUAGGUUUAUCAACACCAGUCGGCAUGCAUGCACAGGUCGCAAUCCGCCACCUGAAGACAAUCAUUCAAGAAUACCCAUGGGGAGAGUGCAAGCCUGAUAUCAAACUACUUUACCAUUCAUUCUUCCAGGAGUAUGAGAAGGAAAUUAAGUGUAGGUCCCACGUACCCACAGUGAGCCCUUUAUCCAGGGGCAAUUCAGUAAAAGAGGGCACCACCUUCUCUGACUAUGUUUUGGAUGACACUUUGUUUAGAAAAUCCCUGCCAGGAAAUGGAACAGAAUGUGAUAUACAGAAGUUUUACAAUUGUGUUUAUCCUGCACUCUACGAGAUAGAGCUACAAGGAUUAUGCACAGCAGGAACCCACAAUUCCACUUGCCCUGUUGCAUGCGAAGAAACAGAUUAUCCUACCACUGUCACCUAUUCAAGUUUUGCAGGAGAAAAAGCCAUAAAAUUUAUUUCUGCAAAGCUGAAGAAAAGCCCAGAAUAUAUCAGGCAGAAUCUUGUGCAUAUUGACAUUAAAUAUCAUGAUCUGAACUACAAAAUGACACAGCAGCAGAAGGCCUUAACUGUAGCCGAGUUGCUUGCUGAUGUAGGUGGCCAGCUUGGAUUGUUUUGUGGUGCCAGUAUGAUUACAAUCAUAGAACUCCUGGAGUAUAUUUUUACUAACUUCUGUUGGAUGUGCAUCUUUCUUCUACUGAAAGUGCCUGAAAUGCCUCAAUGGAAUAUUCCACCCCAGAACCAGCCAACACACAAGGAAGAAAAGAAGGGAAUACAAGAAUGUUAG